AUGACAAUAACACUCGACCUCCACAGCUCGGGGGAGCACCCACAUACCAGGCGCGCCAUUAGCGACCUCUCGCUGGCCGUCGCGAAGGGCAAAAAGAUUGUGGUGGUUACUGGAGCGGGUAUAUCGUGUUCAUGCGGGAUUCCGGAUUUCCGGUCAUCUGAUGGACUGUAUGCGCUUGUCAAACAAAAAUAUCCCGAUAUUGUAUUGAAAGGCCGUGACUUAUUCGACGCCUCACUCUUCCGCGACCAACGAUCAACAGCCGUAUUUUAUACGUUUAUUUCGCAGCUUAAGCGCUCCAUAGAUGGGGUAGCUCCAUCACGCACGCAUCGAUUUCUUAAGACUCUCGAUUCGAAGAAGAAACUACUGCGUUCAUAUACCCAGAAUAUCGAUGGGCUCGAGGAAAAAGCCGGGUUGCUGAGUAGCUCAAGCCACGAGGCGAAGUCAUCUGGCAAAGGGAAAGCUAAAAUAAAGACUAAGGAUGUCCGCAAUGUCCAGCUGCACGGUGACAUUCAUCGAGUUCGAUGUGUCUCCUGUUCAGCCGAAUAUGCUUGUGCAGAAGAGCAUCUGGACGUGUUUGACAAUGGCACGCCACCGGAAUGCCCCGAGUGUGCCACACGGUGUGAAGCCCGAAAGGCUCGUUCUGCCCGUGCUACGAGGGUUGGAUCGCUCAGGCCUGCCAUCGUUCUUUACGACGAACCUCAUCCGCUCGGUGAUGACAUCGGCAUGAUUCAAGCUGCAGAUGUAUCUCGAAGACCUGACAUAUUGAUCAUUAUGGGAACUUCUCUGAAGGUUCAUGGGCUCAAGAAACUUGUCAAGGACUUCGCAAAGGCCGUUCAUUCUAAUGAGCCUUCGACGAGCGCCACGGGGGCGAAGAAGAUGGCGGGGAAAGUUAUCUUCGUCAACAAGACCGCGCCUGGAUCGGAAUGGGCCGACAUUAUUGACUACCAUGUCGCCGGGGAGACAGAUGCAUGGUGUGAGCGAGUGGAGGCAGAUUGGAGGAAGUCGAGGCCGCAGGAUUGGGAGGUCCAGCAAACAUUAGACGGAGAUGUCAAUAAGAGCGGAGGUUUCAAGGUCGCAAAGGAGUUGGCAACUGUCAAGAAGGGCAAAGGUAAAGCAAAGUCGACGUUGGUAAAUAGAACAUAUGCUAAUCAGCUUCCCAACCUCCUAGAUUCCAAGAAGAAACCGAAGGUUAAGGAGAAUAUCGCUCCUUUGGCGUCGACAAAUAUGGUCCUUAGCACACCGGACGUCGUCGCUUCCAAAACGAACGCCCCUCCUUUGUCACCCAGCAAACGUCGGGGUGGAGCAUCACACUAUGGUGAUGGGGAAUCUAGUCCAUCGAAACGAAGGAUAUCGGACAAAGCCCAACACGCCUUACCCUCUGAGGAGAGAGGUCUGUUGUUCGGAGACCAUACAAACGUCGACGCAGCCGAUACGCUUGACCUGAGCAUGGAGUUUGUUGGAGCAGAGGAUGGGGACAUCUCGAUGAUGAGCCUGAAGGAAGAGCCCACUCGUCUGACAAGACAGAAGUCGCUGACAUCGAAACCCAUGAAGACAAUUCCCACCGUCAAGGCGGUCACGACCAGACGGCGAGGACGAACACUGGUCUAA